CACACAUUACAUGAACGAUAAGCCAAUCAGUCGAGUAUGUUUGCAUCUGAAUUAUUUCGCGAAAAUAUCUUUAGAAAAUGGACGUGCGAUAACAUGAUCUUGAUAUCUAUAACCGAAUGAUAAUAAAUUGUCUAACAAUAAAUAAAAUUAGAAAAAAAUCAAGUGCACACACUUUUUUAUGAAUAAAAUGAGUACAUAGUGAAGUGUUUGUUUAACUGUGUUAUUUAUUUUUUAAACAGUGUACCCUUUGAUAUAUUUAUUGUACUCAAGUGCUGCAAAAUGACCCAGAAUAACAGGGUGCAAUACUGGGCGGCUUUCGCAGUGGCAAUAGCAACUAUGGCGACGAGUACUGCCUACUUCUGGACCGCUCCUAUCUUGCCAAAGAUUCAUAAUAAGGAAAUAAGCCUUAAUCUUACAAGUAGCGAGAUCUCAUGGGUUGUUUCGAUGAUAGCACCAGGCAUGGUUACUGGCAGCCUGGUCGCCAGCUCAAUCUCUGACAAGUUUGGCAGACGAGCCACCCUCUUAUCCAGCGCUGCACCUUUUGUUAUUGGGACAGUUUUCGUGGUAUAUGCUUUGAACACGUGGUUGCUGUAUUUCGGCCGAUUCUUGUGGGGAAAUGGGACUGGUAUGAUUACAACGGUAUCCAGUGUAUAUUUAUCAGAAAUAGCGGAUAAGGACAUAAGGGGUACAUUGACAGCUGGCACUAGGUUCAUGUUCAGUUUCGGAGCCCUAGUGGUGCUGGCCGUAGGUUCUUUCGUGAGCUAUCAAGUCCUGAGUUGUUUUAUGAUAGUGCUUCCUCUAUGCUACUUCAUCGCCUGUUGGAAAAUACCUGAAUCUCCGUACUAUUUGCUUAAAGAAGGGAAGGUAGAUGAGGCCAGAAAAGAGCUUGUACGUUUAACUGGAAUGAAAAAUGAAAAGAUGUUAGAAGAAAAGUUGUCAAUGAUGAGAUCUGAUGUGAGGAAAGAAAUGCUACGAUCUAGUUCAGUCAAGGAACUCCUAACUGGCAAGCAAUAUAGAAAAGCAGUCAUUGUGACUACUGGACUCAGGGUUACUCAACUCAUGGCAGGCAGUAUACCAAUUCAGCAAUACUUGGGACGAAUCAUUCAACAAAGCAACUGCGGCUUAGAAGUUUCAACGGCACUCAUUAUUUUCGGAGCAAUACGAUUUGCAGUAGGUUUGGUAUCACCUGUUAUAGUCGACAAGAUUGGCCGUCGGCCAUUGCUCAUAUACACUUACAUAGGAUCAAGUAUUAUGCUUGGAAUGGUUGGAUCAUACUUCUUUGUACAAAAAGUUGUUGGAAUCGAAAAUGAGUCGUCGAAUCCUUUCCGUUUUGUCGUUUUUAUAGGAAUAGUUUGCUCUAUAGUGAUAUCAAGUAUGGGUUUCGAUACUCUGAUUUUCAUUAUUCCUUCUGAAAUAUUUCCUAUCAACGUGAGGUCUGUUGCAAUGACUGUGUUGAACAUUUUCACGGCAGUAGUGACUUUCGUAGCAGUAAAGGGCUAUCAGAUAAUGGAGGAUUGGACGGGACUGUAUGGUGUAUUCUGGUUUUAUGGCAUCACGGCUUUUAGUGGAGCAGUGUUCACUUACUUUGUAGUUCCAGAAACGAAAGGGAAAAGUUUAAGAGAAAUACAAAUAGAAUUACAGGGAAAUAUUUACGAUGAUGAUGCUGAUGAUGCUUUGAAGAAAGAACUUGAGCCUGAGGAGAAUAUUAAAGAGAACAAUGAGUUAAAAGAACUCGCAUUGGCGCUGGCCGGUGUGACAUUAGGAGUUUCCUCAGGCUGGACCACCACAGUUCUACCUAAGUUCCACAACAAUGAGACCAGGAUUUACAUUACUGACCAAGAAAUAUCAUGGGUGGCGGCUAUCGCAUCUCCUGGCUACAUGACUGGCAGCCUGACAUCCAGUUUUAUUGCUGACAAGUUCGAUUAUGAUUUUGAGUACUGCAACAGUUUGGUGGCUGUAUAUUGCGCGGUUUUAUGGGGCAUCGGUAUGGGUAUUAUUGGAACGAUAUCAUCCAUCUACUUAGCGGAGGUAUCAGACAAAGAGGUCAGAGGGACUGUCACCUCCUCAUUUCGCUACAUGAUGAGUUUUGGCAAUUUCCUCACCAUGGCAAUCGGAUCCUUCGUCUCUUUUGAGAAUAUUACUUGCUUGUUAUUGGUUCUGCCGCUAGCUUACUUCAGCGCUUGCUGCUUCAUUCCUGAAACUCCAUAUUACUUGUUAAAAGAAGGAAAAUUAAAAGAAGCUAGAGCGGCACUGUUGAAGUUGAGCUCCAAUAAGGAAGAUUGGGUAGUGGAAGAUCGGCUGUCAGCAAUGAGAUUGGACGUUAAAAAGGAUAUGCAAAGCUCCAGUUCCAUUAAAGAGUUAUUUACUGGGAAGCGGUACCGCAAAGCAUUGAUUAUUUCUAUUGGCUUGAAAAUAACUCAAAUCAUGAGCGGUACGCUUGCCAUCCUACAAUACUUGGGCCGAAUUUUUCAAGAGAGCAACACGAAUAUUAAUCUUUCGACUGCUUUGAUGGUAUUCGGAGCAGUCCGAUUUAUUGUCGGUAUUUUUUCAUCCGUAAUAGUGGACAAAGUUGGACGACGACCCUUGUUCAUAUCCUCCUACCUGGGUUCUAGCAUGGCUCUCUCCACUAUUGGAUUAUAUUUCUUCCUACAACCAACCUUUUCUAUAUUCUCCAGCUACAUCCCGUUUUUCGGCCUCAUGAUAAUAUCUACAAUAAUAUCCAUUAUUGGCUAUGAUACAUUGUGCUUUGUGAUCACUGCUGAAAUAUUUCCUCUCAAUGUCAAAUCAGUCGCGAUGACGUUUCAAAACAUAUUAGGGGGGUUCUUAAACUUUUUAGUUGUGAAAGGGUACCAAGAAGUCAAGGAUGUCGCUGGUCUGACUGGAGUGUUCUGGUUCUUUGCCUGCUCAUCUCUAACUGGUGCUGUUUUUUCGUUCUUCUUGGUACCAGAGACGAAAGGAAAGAGUUUGAGAGAAAUCCAAAUAGAGUUACAAGGAGAACUGUAUGAUGAAGUUGAUAAAAGUAUUCCUAAUGGAGUCGUGAAAGAUGAUGAUGAUGCUACAGAGCUGAAAGUGUUGAAACCUGAUAAUACUUGAGAUCCUCGAAUUAAAGACCGUGUUAGAGAUGAUCAAGAGAACUAAAUUGUAUUCAGUCUGGUAGUGGGUAAGUCAACUGGCAUGACCCUC